UUCUCUUCUUUCAUUAAAUGGCACUGGAUUCCGUGAGUGGGCGCAAAUUAGCUUACCAGCGACGCGAGAAACUCUUGUUUACAAAAACAGUUUUGCUCUUUUGAAAUGUUGGGGCCGCUUUCUCUGAUGUUUUUAAAUUAAUUUACCACCCAUCCGUCAGUGUUUCACUCCACGAGUUGUGUACGGUUUGAUGAACAAAUUCUAAUCAAUAUUAGUAGUUUUUCUGCAUUUUGUCGCAUAAUUUAUCGUCAAAUCAUAGAAAAAUGAAGCUAUUGACUUACAAUUUCCUAACAUCUAAGUGCAUUCGCGGCGUGAAAGUUGGUUACCCUUUAAAAUUGAACAUCGCUGAGAAAAAAAUUGUUUCGUCGGAUUUCAACUCGGAGUUCAUCUCGCGGAUGAUCCCACGCUUGGAUUGGGAAGCGAUAAAAUUGGCCGCUACUCACGUGGGUGCCGACCUGCCGGCCACCAUUCCGGAGGAUAUUUCUUCGGACACCGAAACCCUACAGAAGCUGCACCACGUCCUGAUGGAGGUAGACGUGGUCGAGGGUACAUUGGAGUGUCCGGAAACGGGACGGAUUUUCCCCAUAACGGACGGCAUUCCCAACAUGUUACUAAACGAGGACGAGGUCUAGGCUUUUGAAUAAAGAAAUAAGCAGUACAUUAUCGGUUCAAUUACAGUACAUAUACGACUCUCUCUAUUCCAUUGUACAAAUCGGUAACCAUUAGUGAAAUACCUUAUUGUUUUAUCAAGUGCCUCUUCCUGCUAAGUAUCUUCGGUUAUCAUAUAUUAUAGGCUUCGGUUAUAAUUUGACUAUUAUGAGAUUCUAGCUCGUUAAGACGGUGGACGCAAUGGUGUAAUUUUCUCCCGGUUCGAUUGGUUUCUUCCAAUGGGGACGUUGAACAAUGAUUAUUUUCAGAGUUGCAGGCGCAUACGAGGGAGAUUACAUUUUUUUUUCACUUUUGGGACGAUUUAGGUACAUUUCGAUCUUUCAUAUUUAGAAUUGAAACGAUUUCUGACAUCUUGCUCGACGUUUGCCGAAUUGUAGGGCGAUUCGUUUCAUGCGGUUAUUAUCACAUUUAAUUCAACAUUUUUUAUCAUGUAGUUCGAUUGUUUUGGAAUACUUUGAAUAGCAUUUGCUUAAAUACGAUGAUUACGCUUGGUAUAUGGAAUACCUACAGAAAUCGCGCAUUUUGUCCUAACAGAUAAUUGGUAUGCAAUUUGCGGCUAGAUAUUUGAAUAGACUCUAAUCAUUGUCUAGAUUAAAUUGGUGAAUUAAAUCUAUUGAAAUAAUCUGCUACACAAUUUCGAUUUUUAUCUUUGGAGGAAGGCAUGUUUUUUUGUGUUUUUGAAUAGUUGGACCUUGAGCAAAGCACUGCUAAAUAGUUCUUUGAAGCUUGUUCAUUGGAAGUGGUUGUUCAUUGACAACUAUUAGAUUGCUGAUCGUGUUUCAUUGAUCUUUGUUGUUGUUAUGUUUCAACAGUGGGUGAUUAUUACGGAAUGCUUCAAAUUUUCCAAACAAAUAAUUAUGAUGAUAUGGAAAUGCUUAUAUCAUCUUCCAAACUUAGACGUACAUGUUCAUGAUAGAAUUAUGAAUAAAUAUGACUAAAAUGUGUUUUUUUCUGUAUUUUUCAGAUUUUUGAGGAGCGUUUAGAACGUAUAAUUUAAUGCAUUUUGGUAGUUCAGAGUAAUUUCUGUAAAAAAAACACUAUGCGUUUAUUAAACUCCUAAAUAUCCACUCGAUGUAUUUCAUUUGUACAUAAUUUAAUAAUAAUUUACAUUACCUAAA